AUGCCUCUUAGGAGAGCCGAUCAAAGCCGUGUCAGCUCGCCGAAAAUGUAUCCUGCUCACCGAGCUGUGGAGUACAGAUCGGCCGAGCUUGCCAAGCAGGAUAUGUCCUCACUGCCAGCUCGAGCCUCAAAUUUCAAUGUGAAGAGGGAAGCUGUUGGACCGCACCCAACGGCUCCAACAAAACUCGAAUGGCGAUACUCAAAAGUCGCGCAACCCGCUCGCGAUUCCAUGGCAGUAGUCUCAGUCAAGUGGUUUCGAAGGUGUACCUUCAAUUGUGGAGGGCGUCCUUUGAACGAUUCGCGAAUUAUUAUCAAGAAUUGUACCUUGUCAAGUUGUAUCCCCCAAUGGCGAGCUGGACCGGUCUGUACUCCACAACUCGAUGAGGAGGAUGAACCCUCGGCGAGCUGGUAUAGCUAUUCAGUUUUUCAUGCUCACAAGGACUCGAGAGGGAUCCACUCUCCUCACCGAAGGCCUUUACCAGCUUAG